GGGAGUAGCAAAGAGAGCUGAAGUCCUGCAGCAACUUGAGAGAAGAGGGAGUUACCGCGGCGGCAGCUAGGUGGAAAGAUGAUAGGCAUCAUGGUGGGGCUCACCUCCUUCGUGUCCUUCUUAUACAUGGCAGGUCCCUACAUCAGGAAGUUCUUUGCUGGUGGCGUUUGUACAUCAACUGUGCAGCUUCCUGGAAAGGUAGUUGUGGUCACUGGAGCCAAUACGGGCAUUGGGAAGGAGACUGCCAAAGACCUUGCUCGUAGAGGAGCCAGAGUAUAUAUUGCCUGUAGGAAUAUACUAAAGGGAGAGUCGGCAGCCAGCGAGAUCCGGGCUGCCACAAAGAACCAGCAGGUGUUCGUUCGUAAGCUGGACCUGUCUGACACCAAGUCCAUCCGGGCCUUUGCUGAGGGCUUCCUGGCAGAGGAAAAGCAACUCCACAUACUAAUUAACAAUGCAGGAGUGAUGAUGUGUCCCAACUCCAAGACAGCGGAUGGUUUUGAGACCCACCUUGGAGUCAACCACCUAGGCCACUUCCUUCUGACUCACCUGCUCUUGGAGAGGCUAAAAGAGUCAGCCCCAUCCCGGGUGGUGAACGUAUCUUCUGUGGGUCACCAUUUGGGCCGCAUUUUCUUCCAGGACCUGCAAGGGGAAAAGUACUAUAACCGAAGCUAUGCGUAUUGCAACAGCAAGCUAGCCAAUGUGCUUUUUACCCGGGAACUGGCUUAUCGGCUGAAAGGGACUGGUGUCACCACAUACGCAGUACACCCGGGGUUGGUCCAGUCAGAAUUGGUACGCCACUCAUUCCUCAUGUGUCUGCUGUGGCGUCUGCUUACCCCCAUUAUGAAGACAACCUCUCAAGGGGCUCAGACCAGCCUGCAUUGUGCCUUGGCUGAGGGCAUUGAGUCUCAGAGUGGCAGAUAUUUCAGUGAUUGCCGGAAAGCAUGGGUGUCACCAAAGGGUCGUAACAACAAGACAGCCAGGCGCCUAUGGGAUGUCAGCUGUGAACUCCUGGGCAUUUAAUGGGAAUCCCUGGUGGCAGAAGAGAAGCUGACUACACUCUUCAUCUGGACUAACUGAGCCUAAACACCCAGGAACGAUUCCCCAAAGGAGAUGACACAUCAGCAAUGGAGGGAUCCACCCCUGCUUGGGACCCAUUUCACCUCCAUAAUCUGCCUGAGGACCUUCGUCCCUUUUGCCCCCUUGCUAGCUUGGCCCAUUUGGAUAGAUAGCCACGUUUCCAUAGCCUUCCUUCCAAAGUGUGAUAUUUAUUGGGAAAAGAUGGGGAGGAUGUGAAAAAUGGGGGAUAAUGGGAGGUUUGUAGCAGGGUAUGGAAGAGUUGAGGGGAGAGAGGGAAUAUUGCUCUGUGAGGCAAAGGAGAAAACACAAACAAAAAGCAUUCUUGGGUUAGGCCUAAAGGUCAGGCCAGAUGUGACAAAUGAUGCACACUGAAGGGAAGACUACAGUGGUUUUCCCCGUCGUCAUACCUAGUUCCAGCUUCAUUUUAGAAGCAGUCUUUACUUUGGCUCAGACAAACUGAAAGGGGCCUAGAGUUGAACCUUUCAAACUAGCAGGAGACCAUGGUAGAUCCUUCCUUGCUUUAAAAAACCAAUUCUCAUUGUGGAUGUUGGGGCAUAGCUGGAAAAUCUCCCUCAGGUCUGGACUCUCCUUUGGCUGCUUCCUUUGAGCCAUCUUGAACUGCUACUCUAAAGAUAGCCUUUCCAGAAACCUCUCUAGCGAUGGGGAAGGUUUCCUUUUAUAAAAAUAUUUUGAUUGUUUGGGGUUUGUUUUUUCCCUACCCAAGUUUUGAAGAUAAUAAAGGACAAGGAGGUUCUA